GCAUUGCGACUGCCAGUGAGGUAGUUCCGAGCGAGCGAAGAGGUUGUAUUGUUUAACAGCGGUUCGUUCUCAGUAUUACGCGAGCAGUGAAUAACGUAACUCGGGAGCUCUCGAACUACUUUUAAAUCAGUGACAAUUAUCGUAUGGUCCAUUUAAUCUCACAAGCCGAUAUAAGAAGAGGAAAAUGAACUUGUGAAUCUAAAUUUGACGGAAAAGUAAUGGUAAUUUUCCGGUAUUGCAGGAAGUCUAGGCUUGAGUUUCUGAUAAUUGAGAAAUGUUUACGUCGUCGUAAUUUUUAUUAACAUUGUUGUUGUUUUGCUUGUUAUUUUGUGGCGGCAACUCUAAUUACCACAUCAACUGUGCGUGUUUGCAUCAGACCAGCAGGACAAACAUGUGACUACUGAACUGCGUGCUAUGUGUAUAGUCAUCAACAGUUCCUGUUGAAAGCCUCGGAUUAAUGAUUUUUAACUGGUGUUUCGUUUCAUUUGAAAUACAGUAAAUAAACCAAGAGAGACUCCACAAAGAUGAAAGCAGUGUUGGUCCAAUCACAUGCGUCACUGUUUACGGAAGUGGAUCGCCUUCCGGCUCUGUUAGCAGUGGAGAAUGUCUGAGUGAUUAUGCCGUGUCUGGGAUCAAUCCGCACCGAGUCUGUUCGCCCUCCUGGUUCCACUGCUGAAGAGCUCAGUGACAAGCACUAAGCAGCCAGUGACUGGUUUUGGAAGGCGAACAUUUUCCGGAGGUUAACGACUUUCAGAAACUAAAUAAAAAGUCGAUCUAAUGGCAGUGUCCUACCCCUCCUGCUGGCAGCAAUUGUAGCAGUCGUUUUAUAAGUGACUUUGUAAUAAACUGGGUUCAGGAACGUUUCCCCGUGAAGUAUAAACUAUUUGUUCCUGGAAAUAUGUGCAAGGACAUAAGAAUGUCUGGAAUUUGUGAUCUUCAAGUUGUAAUAAAAGAGAACAGCAAGUAAUUUUUUAAGAACACUUUAGUUAAAAUGUGUGAAGUGGAAUUCGUGAAUAUCCCACUUCUCCUUCAAUAGGUAUUUUGUGGUUAAGCGUGGCUGAAAAACAUGCUCGUUAAUUUCAUUGUCCGCCUGUUGAAGACAGAACAUCGAGGGAAGCUGCACUUGUGUUGGGCAAGUUCGAAGUACAGACCAUAACCCAGAAGCCUUGUGUUGCUUUCACAGUUGGCAAAACAUUUAUACACACAACUUCGCUUUAUCUUUCGAGUGCAAACAAUAAACUUGUGUUAAAGUAAGCAUUGAGCUGAAAUAAGUUGGCGAAAUUUGCCGUUAGGGGUUUUCAUGUGCAGCGGUCGUUAGUUCGGUAACAGACGUCAAUCCAGCCUUCGGCAAGACAGUGAUGUUAACACAAAGGACGUAAGUUGAACGUCAGUGAAGAUUUGUAUGACCUGUCCCUUCCGAGGGGCUCUGUUGUAUCUCAGGAAGAGGCGGUAUGAGAGACUGUCUUCACCUGCCCGCUGGACGGAGGCGGGGGACACGGUGAGCCCCAUGGGACAGAAGCAGAGUAUGUGCCCCAUAAACGGCUGCCUUCAUUAUAAGAGCCUGCACCUGCGCACUUUCGACGAGCCGAGGAUGACGGCGGAGACGGCGCCCAGUAGUACAGUGGCUCCGCCAGGUGGUGAGGCGGGAAGCAAAUACCAGUACUACGACCCGGAGUACGCUCGAAUGGAGGCCUGGCUGGACGAACACCCUGACUUCGUCCAGGACUACUUUCUGAGGAAGGCGACGCGGCAGGUGGUGGACACGUGGUUGGUAUCCCAUGCAACACCAACAUCAGCCAACACCAGCAGCUGCAUCGUCCCUCCAGCUGCCGAUCUUUCAUCUCCCAGUCACCAAGCUAACCCUGCACACAGUUCGGCUUCUUCACUUCCGGCCAGCACAGCUCCAUCGUCAAGGGCUGGAUCUGGAGCCACGACGCCCGUCCGCAAGAUCUCUGCGCACGAAUUCGAGCGAGGGGGUCUGCUGAAGCCCAUCGUGAACACGAUCGACGGGACACCAACCUUUCUGUCUGUCUCUCCGACUGGAGAUUGUCCUGCGACCUGCACCAGUACGGGUGGUCCUGUCGGAGCAGGCGGUACCCCCCUUUACCCCGGACCCGGAAGGCCGCAGAGGCGGUCGCGACACGAACUCCGACAUCUCGACGAGAAGGAACUCAUCUUCGAACUGGUGAAGGACAUCUGUAAUGAACUGGAUGUGCGGUCGCUGUGUCACAAGAUCCUGCAGAAUGUUAGCAUGCUUCUCAAUGCUGACAGAGGAUCCUUGUUCCUUGUUCAGGGGGACAAGGGUUCGUGUGAUGACAACUCUAGAGGUACCAGCAACAACCUAAGGUCAAAUAACCAAAAGUCAUCAAACUCUACGGGUUGUAGACUAAAUAAUACUAUGGUGGGAAAUCCAAGGUCUAGAAGAAAUUCUUUGUCAUCGCCAUGCUCUGGGAACUCGACGAGGCCCAGGUACCUGGUUUCCAAAUUGUUCGAUGUGUGUUCCCGUUCGACGCUGCAGGAGAUGGAGAAGAAGGAAGAGAUCAAAAUUCCCUGGGGUAUGGGGAUUGUCGGCUACGUGGCAGAGAGCGGGGAGCCUGUCAACAUACCUGAUGCAUACAAGGAUGACCGAUUCAACCAUGACAUUGAUGCGCGAACAGGGUACAAGACACGGACCUUACUUUGUAUGCCCAUCAAGGACUUCAAUGGCGAUGUUAUUGGAGUAGCUCAGGUGAUCAACAAGCAGACGGACAUGUGUUUCACGAGCAACGACGAGAAAGUGUUUUCCAGCUACCUGCAGUUCUGUGGUAUUGGGCUGCGGAAUGCUCAGCUCUAUGAGAAGAGCCAGCUUGAAGUGAGAAGGAACCAGGUUCUCCUUGAUCUGGCACGAAUGAUCUUUGAAGAACAGAGCACCAUCGAACAUAUGGUGUUCAGAAUCCUCACUCACACCCAGUCACUCAUACAGUGUCAAAGGGUUCAGGUAUUGCUAGUCCAUAAAGCUUCCAAGGGCAGUUUCUCACGAGUAUUUGACUUCGAAGCAAAUGACUUGAAUGGGGAAGAGAAUGAUGCUCGGACCAGCCCAUUCGAGAGUCGAUUCCCCAUCAACAUCGGUAUUACGGGUUAUGUAGCCACCACAGGUGAGACGGUAAAUAUUCCAAAUGCUUAUGAAGAUGAGAGGUUUGACCCUUCAGUUGAUGAAGGUUCAUGCUUCCGCCAUAAGACGAUCCUGUGCAUGGCAAUUAAGAACUCCUCAGGGCAAAUCAUUGGUGUCAUACAACUCAUCAACAAAUUUGAUGACUUACAAUUUACAAAAAAUGACGAAAACUUUGUUGAGGCAUUUGCAAUUUUCUGUGGAAUGGGAAUCCAUAACACACAUAUGUAUGAGAAGGCUGUGAUAGCAAUGGCAAAACAAAGUGUGACGUUAGAGGUCUUAAGUUACCAUGCCUCUGCUUCAUUGGACGACGCUCAAAGACUGAGGAGCCUCAGAGUUUCAUCAUCUCAGCAUUUUCAGCUGUAUGAUUUCAAGUUUGAUGACAUCCACAUGGAUGACGUUGAUACUUUGAAGGCUUGCAUACGAAUGUUCCUAGAUCUUGAUUUCAUAGAGAGAUUUCAUAUUGACUAUGAAGUCCUGUGCAGGUGGCUUCUGAGUGUGAAGAAGAACUACCGCAAUGUAACGUACCACAAUUGGAGGCAUGCCUUUAAUGUGGCCCAGAUGAUGUUUUCGAUCAUCACAGCUACUCAGUGGUGGAAAAUAUUUGGUGAGAUCGAAUGCUUGGCUUUAGUGAUUGCAUGCCUUUGUCAUGAUCUGGAUCAUCGUGGAACUAACAACUCCUUCCAGAUAAAGGCUUCUUCUCCACUUGCUCAGCUCUACUCCACUUCUACAAUGGAGCACCACCAUUUUGACCAGUGCAUCAUGAUUCUCAACAGUCAGGGCAAUCAAAUCCUUGCCAAUGUCUCACCAGAUGAAUAUUCAAGAAUAAUAAAAGUAUUGGAAGAUGCAAUCCUCUCAACAGAUCUGGCCGUGUACUUUAGGAAGCGAGGUGCCUUCUUCAAUCUAGUGCGAACUGCCAGCUACAAUUGGAUGCGUGAUGACCACCGUGAGCUCUUGAGAGGAAUGACCAUGACAGUGUGUGACCUUGCAGCCAUUACAAAACCCUGGGAAGUUGAGAAGAGGGUGGCUGAGCUAGUGUCAAGUGAAUUCUUUGAGCAAGGGGACAUUGAACGUCAGGAGUUGAAGAUUACACCAAUUGACAUCAUGAACAGAGAAAAAGAAGACCAACUUCCCCUUAUGCAAGUUGGAUUCAUUGACUCAAUCUGUCUCCCAAUUUAUGAGUCAUUUGCAGUAUUGUCGGAUAAACUGGAACCCCUCGUGGAGGGGGUGCGUCAGAACAAGCAGCACUGGCUUGAAAUCGCUAGUGCGCAGAACCACAACAGUCAGAUGGAGGAAGGAGGUGAGCACUGACUCACUACCAGUGCAUUUAUAAAACAUAAUAACCACUUGAUGAAAGCAAGGAAAAGUUUACUUUUCCACCAUCUUGUCUAUUGAGGCCAAACACAUGAUGCGGGGAAAGUUGAAGCUCCGCUGUCUUAAAUCUAGUGUUCUUUUGGGGAAAUGAAUGGUCAACUGCGUGAUUUUGUCGGCGUAAACUCACUGGACAGUGUUGAAAUAUUCUUUAUGACUUGUCCAUAGCGGCCAUUUGGAUGACCCGGCUAAGAAUAAAUGCCACUUGAAGCCCCAAAUUCCGACCAAGGACUAACAACAUAUAAAUGGCGCACUUGAAAGUUUUUAUUACAGUAUGUAAUUGAAUGGUUGUAAGUUUUGAGCCAUGGAAGUAAAGGCCUGCAAGCUUAAUAUGUCCCUGGACUGACGUAUUUAACUGAAGAUAACCAUUUAUCAACAAAGCGAUUGCAUUGUUUUUGUAAAUUAGACUCUGAAACCAAAGUUAAUGGCAUUGUGAAUCAUGGAUAUGAUUGUAUUAUUUGUGUUGGUGUCGUGUCAUUCCUCGCCUGUCCCUUAUUUGUACUCUUCACCUCCUAUCCUAAUAAUUGUUUUGUAAGUAAGAAGAGAAACUUGUUGUAUAAAUUGUAUAAAUUAUAAAAUCAUUAUAAUAUAUAAUUAUGCAGUGCACCUUAAAAGUAAACAAUAGUUUUACACAGUG